AUGCACGUCUCCAACCUGUGCCUCGCGGCGACCGCGUUCCUGGCCAUUGAAGUUCAAGCCGCGCCAGCCACACAAGCCACAACCAAUGCCCUCCACGUUGGUACCCAGAACAGCCCCGUCGGCCACCACUGUGGAGUCUCGACCUACCUGAACUACCUCAGCACCUCUCUGGUCGAUGACUGUCUGAAGAUGCUCGACAACCUUUCGCCUGAUUCUGGUGGUGGCGGUGAAGAUGGUUUGAACAGAGGCGAUAUGGACUGGACCAUCGUCGGCGACUUUCACCGGGAGAUUGGCAAAUACUCAACCUGCGCGUUCGGCUGCCAUGUCACCUACCCCCAAGGUGCCCUCGCUAUGAUCGGUAUCGAUGAUGUUCACCGUGUGGUGCAGAGGUCGAUCGAGAUGUUCAAGCAUGCGGGCGAUGGGGGAGAUAAAGUUGGAGCUCAGGGGGAUUUUGAGUGCGACUUUGCUGGCUCAGCUGGGAAGACGGUCAGUUGGUAUCUUUUCAACCCGAUCAUUAACUCGACGUGUUUUGGUGGUGGGCCAUGGUCUGGAUGA